AUGUCCGUCACGUGGAAAGCGGCGCUAAACGCUGCCCUCAGGAAGAACAAGCGGCACAUGCCCUACGCCAAGUACGUCCAGGUUGCGACGGUCCGCGCGGACGGCCGCGGCGCCGCGAACCGCACCGUCGUGUACCGCGGCUGGCUCGACCAGUCUGACGCGUGCUCCACGCUGACCUUCGUGACCGACUCGCGGAGCGCCAAGGUGGCGGACGUGGCGGCGCAGCCGCUCGGCGAGGUGGCGUGGUACCUCCCGGGGACGCGGGAGCAGUUCCGGAUUCACGGCAAGCUGACGAUAGUUGGGGGGGGUGAAGCGCCCGAGGAGCUGGCCAAGGCGCGCGUGAGGGCGUGGAAGGCGCUGUCGGACGGAGCGCGCAAGCAGUUCUGCUGGCCACACCCGGGCCUGCCCAGGGAGAGCGCCGCGACGGACCCGUUCGACGACCCCCCCAACGUCCCUGCACAAGACGAGGAGCCGGCGGAGAUGUUUUGCCUCAUGACGCUGGAGCCCGAGGUCGUCGACCACCUGAGCCUGCGGUCGAACGAACGCUACCUGCACUCCCUCAAGGACGGCGUGUGGGACAAGGCCUUUGUCAACCCAUGA